GGUUCCGGGUCCUGGCUUUUUGUUCCCUGGGCAAUUUGCAGAGAAACUGAGGCUCGUAGGAAGAAGGGCAGCUCCCAAAACCGUGGGAAACCCGUUUUCCGUGAAAGACCUGGUUCUGAUGAUUGGCAUUUUCCCCCCGGGACAACUUUUUCGGAUAUUUCCUGCAGGGGGUGGUAAUUGAGGUGACGUUUAGGACUGGAGCGGGUGGGAGAGUUGCAGGUGGGGUCGUGCAGUGAUCGAAGCGGCAUCGGGAUUCGAACCCGUGGCUCCAGCCCAAGCAGAGCCCUGCCCUGCGAAGUCUUGUGGAACCGAGAUGACCCAUUCACUGGUGUGUCCAGAGACGGUGAUCAGGGUGAGCUCCGUGCUGAAUCGGGACACCCGGCAGUUCGGAAAGAAACACCUGUUCGACCAGGACGAGGAGACGUGUUGGAAUUCGGACCAGGGGCCCUCCCAGUGGGUGAAACUAGAGUUUCCCCAGCGCGUCUGUGUGUCCCAGCUGCAGAUCCAGUUCCAGGGCGGCUUUUCCAGUCGCCGGGGCUGCCUGGAAGGUUCCCAGGGGAGCGAGGCUCUCAGCAAGAUUGUGAAUUUCUACCCCGAGGACAACAACUCGCUUCAGACUUUUCCCGUGCCAGCCACCGAGGUGAACCAGCUCAAGGUGACAUUUGAGGACACCACUGACUUUUUUGGUCGUGUGGUCAUCUACCACUUGCGGGUGCUGGGAGAGAAGAAGGUCUGAGGCCUCUGGACUGCCGC